AACAAGCUAGCGCAUUUGAUAUUUGUGGUUCUCGAGAUGAUGGCAUCUAAACCAUGGCGUCAUAUCAGGGAGCUGUUUAUAGCUAGUAAUGUUUGCUCAUGGAGUAUAAUUUCAGUAUUUCUAUUAUAAUUCGAUGGUUUUUUGCAUUCGAUAGUUUUCGAAUUGAUUAAAAUAAGUUUUCGGAGCGAGAUGGCGAUUGUUAGCAACAAUUUGUUUUCAUUUUACCCCCUAUAUAUUCCGGUUAGACGUAGUCCCACGUCAAAACAUAUCAUAUCGUAAUAAGAGACCAAUGCAGCUUUUGCUCAGGUAUAUGCAAUGAAGAAUUUCGUCACGCAUUGGUACCACCUCACCAUCGAGAGCAGAAGUUAGAAAUUAUCCUGCAGAAGUUGAGCAGUUUCCUAUCCCAGCUGAGCAGUUAUCCCACGUGCGACAAGUGCCGCCAAGAAUUUAUAAGCCUCCAUAACAUUCCCGAGAGCUGGUUCCAAAUUUUGCCUAGCACCGAACUGACUGACAUCAAGAUGGAACCAGAGCUAAUGAUUGAUGACCACGGGCAGCCGGAUAAUAAUAAUUUUUUUGAGACAGAUCCAACAGCGGAUUUUGGGUCAAUUCAACAGGACGCCGAAGACCAAAUCAAGGAAGAGAACGAGAUAUUCUUCAUAACCGAAAAGGACGAGGAAGACGAUAAUACAUCAAUAAUUUGUAAGCGAAACCAAAACCGGUUGAACACGGGAGAGAAACCGUUCAUUUGUGAAGAGUGUGAUAAAAAAUUUUGCUCAAAAUACGGACUCAAAGUGCACGUUCGAGCUCAUACAGGUGAACGUCCUUAUUCUUGUCCCCACUGUUCGAAGACAUUCAGGCGAUAUCAUACGCUCAAACUACACAUUCAGAUCCACACGGGUGAACGCGCUUAUCCUUGUCCACAUUGUUCGAAGGCAUUUAGGCAACAACAUUCACUUAAACUGCAUUUAAGGUUACACACGGGAGAGAAACCGUUGAAAUGCGACAAGUGUGACAAAGCAUUCUACUCAAACUAUGGACUCAAAGUGCACGUUCGGACUCAUACAGGCGAACGCCCUUAUUCUUGUCCACAUUGUCCGAAGACAUUUAGGCAAUAUCAUACGUUAAAACUGCACAUUAGAAUCCACACGGGCGAGCGUCCCUAUUGUUGUCCACAUUGUCCGAAAGCGUUCAAGAAUGCCUCAGCGCUCCAAGAGCACACUCGAAGCCAUGGGGAUGAACGUCCCUAUUCUUGUCCACAUUGUCCGAAAGCUUUUAAGAUUCCUUCAGGACUCCAACAGCACGUUCGAACGCAUAAGGAUGAACGUCCUUAUUCUUGUCCGAGCUAUCCGAAAGCGUUCAAAAGUGCUUCAGGGCUCCAGCAGCACAUUCGAACACAUGGUGAUGAUCGUCCCUAUUCUUGUACACACUGCCCGAAAGCGUUUAAGAACAAUGGUUCACUCCAACAGCACAUUCGGCUCCACACCAAGUAGAAGCGAAACUUCUAACCAGUCCUUUCGCCUUUGCAUGCAAAACCUGUUCGAUACAGAGGGUUCGGGCCAAAAAUCACUGCUGAUCGUCAAAGAAAGGGAUAACUUGUUAAAAAUGUGAAUUUCCGCCUAAGAGAGAAAUCCCCCAACGCUGAGAGAACACGUCUUACCUAUUCAGCCUCCGCGUACCGAAAAAGUCAUGAGGCCUUAUUCCAUUCACAUUUCAAGGUGAAAACGAAAUAAAGUGUAUCCGCGAUUGAAAUGGUACGGCGUGGACAACUGGAUACAAAAUCAGUUUUCCACUAAACAUAUAAUAUAAAAUUAUCUUCAGAUACAAUUUUUGUAAGAGAUUAUUUUACCACAUAAAAAAACAAAAUUUUCUAUUCAACA